CCCGAGCGGCGUCGUGAGCCGCUUGGAUUCUUCCGGUUUCUGGUGGCUGCGUCGCGUCCUUCCGAAGGCUAGGGAUACGCCCUCCCUAGACCCUGCCGUCGCCCUCCUUUCAGCAUCGAACCUGAGUUGCUCCGGGACACCUCCAGCCCAACCUUCUCUCGCUCAGGUUCUCUCCCUUUGGAGGACCUCGGCCCCCCAUUGCCCACUUUCCUGGAUGUGCUGGCCCCUCCCACCCCUCUAAAAUGUCCAAUAACCUACAGAGGGUCUUCCUGAAACCCGCAGAGGAAAAGUCAGGCAACGCCUCGCAGUGUGUUUCAGGCUGCAUGUACCAAGUAGUUCAGACGAUUGGCUCCGAUGGAAAAAAUCUUCUGCAAUUACUUCCAAUUCCUAAUUCUUCUGGAAAUCUUAUACCGCUAGUUCAAUCUUCAGUCAUGUCUGAUGCUUUGAAAGGGAAUACAGGAAGCCCAGUUCAAGUUACUUUUCAGACUCAGAUUUCCAGCUCUUCCACAAGUGCAUCAGUUCAAUUGCCCAUUUUUCAGCCAGCCAGUUCUUCAAACUAUUUUCUUACAAGAACAGUAGAAACAGCAGAAAAAGUUAGAGUUACUUCUGUGGGAACUGAAAAUUUUACCUCAUCAGUUUCUAAAGUUCAGAGUCAUGGUGUGAAAAUUGAUGGACUCACCAUGCAAACAUUUGCUGUUUCUCCCUCCUCAACACAAAAUGAUUCACCUUAUAUUUUAGUAAAUACUCAGAGUCUUCCAAUGACUGUGAAGUCUCCAGUUUUGCCUUCUGGGCAUCAUUUACAGAUUCCUGCCCAUGCUGAAGUGAAAUCUGUACCAGCGUCUUCAUUGCCUCCUUCAGUUCAGCAAAAGAUACUUGCAACUGCAACCACAAGUACCUCAGGAACAGUUGAGGCCUCCCAAAUACCAACCGUUAUUUACGUAUCUCCUGUAAAUACAGUGAAAAAUGUAGUUACCAAGAACUUUCAAAACAUUUACCCAAAACCUGUUACAGAAAUAGCAAAGCCAUUGAUACUAAAUACCACACAAAUUCCAAUGAAUGUUGCUAAAGAGACACAGUUAAAAGGUGGUCAGCAUUCUCAAGCUGCUCCUGUGAAAUGGAUUUUUCAAGAAAACCUACAGCCUUGCAGUCCAUCUCUUGUUCCUGUUAAAUCUUCAAAUAAUGUGGCUUCAAAGAUUUUAAAAACUUUUGUAGAUAGGAAAAAUUUGGGAGAUAACACUAUAAAUAUGCCAUCACUGAGUACUGUCAGUCCUAGUGGGACACAAUCCAAAAGUAUGCCUAUUAAAGAUAAUGCCUUGGUUAUGUUUAAUGGGAAAGUCUAUCUAUUGGCUAAAAAGGGGACAGAUGUUUUGCCAUCACAAAUUGACCAACAGAAUUCUGUUUCUCCUGAUAUUCCACCAAGAAAAGAUACAUCACAAAUAGUGAGUUCAAGUCCAGUCACAGAAAUAUCCAGAGAGGUUGUAAAUAUUGUUUUGGCUAAAAGUAAAUCUUACCAGAUGGAGACAAAAUCACUUUCAAAUACUCAGCCUGCUUCCAUGAUCAAUCUAAGGGCAGAGAAGAAUAAAAAAGUGGAGAAACCAUCUCUUUCUACCCCAAACCCACAUAAUAUGAAUCAAUCCAUUAACUACUUAAAACAGAGUAAGACUUUAUUCACAAAGCCACACUUUCCAGAUGGAUUUAGUACAGUACAAAAUGCCCCCAGAAAAGGAAAUAUCAUCCAGAGCAUAGAGAAAAUAAGUUCCUCUGUUGAUGCAACAACUCUUACUUCACAACAGUGUGUUUUCAGAGACCAAGAACCAAAGAUCCAGAAUGAGAUGGCAUCAACAUUCGAAAAAGUUACUCAAGAAAGAAAUGACAAGAACCAUUCCCAAGGAGGAAGCAGUAAGGCAUCAUAUCUGAAGAAUGAUGCAGAAUUUAAAAAGAUAUUUGGUCUCACUAAAGAUUUGAGAGUGUGUCUUACUCGGAUUCCUGAUCAUUUGGCCUCUGGAGAAGGUUUUGAUUCCUUUAGCAGUUCGGUGAAGAGUGAUACUUACAAAGAGACUGAAUUGAUAGUGAAGGAAGAAAAGAAAAAACAGGGUUUUGAUAAGAAAAGAAAAGCAAAAACCGUUAAGAAGAUGGAUCACACAAAGAAGAGAAAAACUGAGAGCGUGUAUAACACAGCUGCAAAUGGAGGAAUUAACGUCACCAAUUCCCAACUCGUCAGCUGUAUUUUACCAACUUCAGAUGUAUCACGCCAUAACAUUCUCACAAGCCGCAACAAAACCAGAGAAGAAAAGAGAACUGAGGUUGAACAUUAUACCCCUGAGAACCAGGAAAAAAGCACAUUGAGUUCAAAUGCAGCUUUUGAACAGAGUCAUUCCUUUAAUAAAAAUUACACUGAAGAUAUUUUCCCCAUGACGCCACCAGAGUUAGAAGAAACCAUUCGAGAUGAAAAAAUAAGAAGACUUAAACAGGUACUGAGAGAGAAAGAAGCAGCUCUUGAAGAAAUGCGUAAGAAGAUGCACCAAAAAUAAUAAAAUAUUGCUAUACUUAAA